ACAAGUGACAAACUGAAAACCAUCACAACUAAACCGUUUUCAACCCAUGUUUUGUGACGUUUUGAAUUAUAGCAAGAUUAUUUUCACUUGUUAUGCUUUAUUUUUCACCCAAAAUACUGAACAAUUUAACAAAUAAAUUUUCUAAACCAUAAUUACGUGUAAAAAUGGGAACAAAUUUUAUCUCCCACUUCUUAUUUCCUCAAAAAAUCAAUUUUCAACAGCCUUGAAAUGUGAUCGUGUUUUUGUUGAAAUCCACAAUGACAAAAGUGUAAAACAGUUCCCGAUUUUUCAAGCUAACAUAACCUAUAUUCGUGUGUGAAAAAUCUGAUAAAUCUACAAACAGAUAGUGAUUUUGAAGUUCUGUUUCUUGUAUUUACGUAUUUGGGAAUGGAGAAUGAAGAAGAAAAUGCUGUGGUUUCCGGAGAUGUCGAAAAUAUAAUCAUUAAGCUUGAACCCACUGAAGAUUUCCUCGGCGAUGAAGAUCCUCUCCAGUUUGAAGGAAACUCGGAAUUUAGUGAUGAAAUCAAGGAUGAAAUUAAAUUUCGCGAAGGUUUUUCUUCCAAUGAAACUUCUCUCCCAUCUUCGGAGGAAAAUCAAUCUGACAUUAUUCAAACACCAUUUUCUCUGGAGAAUUACUUCAGUGACAACAAGAGUGCGAAUGUAAACGAACUGAUUGCUAUGAAAUAUUUGACAUGCGAAGAUUGUAAAAUUGUCUUUUCCAGUGAACGAUUACUACAAGCACAUCUUCUCACGCAUAUUGAUAUUCACAGAAUGGGUUGCAACGUUUGCGAUAAGGAUCUUAAUAUGGCAGAAAAAUUUCAACUUCAUGUUAUGGCCAUAACUCGUCAAAGUAUUUACUGUUGCGAUUUGUGCAGAAAAUCCUGUGCUGGAGUGGUUCGUUCUAAGGAUCAAGCUCGUCCCCUCGGUAAAACUUACGCCUGUCACGACUGUGAAGUCCAGGCAAUCGGCAAAGCAAAACUGCCGAAAUCGACUUUCGAAUUCACAACAAUAAAAAAUGGCAAUUGCCGAAUAGAAUUCAAUCUGACCGGGUCUCGAUUCAAUCUCGACGACGAAUGCUAUCACAAGUGCGUCCAUUGCGCGGCAUUUUUCGCCCAGGCUUCGACACUCUCGAGGCACGUUCGAGAGCGGCACAAUUUUCUGAAAAACGAGGAAAAUAGUGCGGAAAAGUGUGUGAAAGGAGCGACGCAAAGUGAAAUUAAAAUUCACAAGUUCAAGUGUGCAUUGUGCGGGCUGCGAUUUUCGCGUGGGUUGAUACUUGCGAAACAUUUGAGGGAGGAUCACAGAUCGACUGAUGAGAAGACGAAAAAUGUGAAAUUAAAAGUGAAGACUCGCGGCGGCUCGUCUGCGGAAAAUUUAAAUCCAAAGAGAGAGUUGAGGGGCAACGAGAGGCGCAAAGGGGUGACAAAGUUUGUCUGUAAAUUCUGCCGAAAAGAGUUUUCGUUGCAAAGGUCGGACGAGAGUCGGCCGGACGUCGUCAAGAUUUGUAAAAAGUGCGAAAAUCAACGAAUCAAGAAGAAUCUGCUGCACGGAAAGAGAAGGUCAAAGCGAAUUCGUCUGAGGAAUUCGCGAUGAAAGUAAAAGUAGUCAUUGUUUUUUAAGGUUGCUGAAAAAAGGAAGGCUAAUGAAAUUAAUUUCUUUAAAAAUAAAGUAAAAUAAAAGAGAUUUUAAUAGAAAUUAUUCUAUAUAUGUACUGGUUUUCGUUCGCUGUCAGCAUGAUUCGAAUUUUUUUUUUAUAUUGUAAUAGAAGAAGUAGAAGAGA